AUGCCAUACAAAUGCAUCCCCCAAAUGAUGCUGAGAGAAUUGAUCACACAGUCCAAUACUUUUCUUAAUGCUUUUGGGUCCGCGCAACAUGAAAGCGGACCCUCCCCACGAAAUCUCGUAGACAACCUUCCACACAUCGACUACAACAACUUAAAGUACAAAUUUGGCGAAUAUGUCCAGCUCCACGUCACUGACAGAACUACAAACACCAUGAGGAGCCGCACAGUUGACGCCAUUGUUUGCGGACCACGCAAUAUUUCAGGAAGAUAUAAUUUUAUGUCUCUGGAAACAGGAAAGGAGAUCAACGGUCGCGUUGUAGCACGCCUUCCAGUCACCGACGCUGUCAUUGCACGAGUUGAAACUUUAGGACGCGAACAAAACCAGCCGUACCGACACAGCAAAAUGCUGACUUAUCAAUGGCGCCCAGGACGGCCCAUUGGCGACGAAGACGUAGUUGUGUUGCCGACCCCCGUUGACACCACCAUCAUUCCAGCACCAAUUGUUCAACCUUUGCCUAACCCAGGCCCCAAUCCUUUCGCCGUACCAGUUACAGCUGCACCGACAGGAGCGGAUGUUGCAUUACUAGAGGCAGCUCAGGAAGCAGAGGAGACGGAGCAGCACGAAAACGGAAGCCUGGGCGAAGAUGAGCAAGAAGCGCCACAGUAUGGAAACCAAGGAGCGGAGGAUGGUGGAAAUCAAGGAGGAAUUAUGGAGGGAAAUCAAGGAGCGCCAUUGGAUGAAAAUCAAGGAGCGCCAUUGGAUGAAAAUCAAGGAGCGGAAAUUAAUGGAAACCAAGGAGCGCCAUUGGAUGAAAAUCAAGGAGUAGAAGCUCAUCAUGAAGCACAUGACGAGAACGAUUUUGAUAACUUUGACUUAGACAACAGCCUGGAGCCGUUGGAGGAGGGUGAAGAAGAAAUCGUUUUUGUAGAAGAUUCGGACUCUGAUACAGAAGACGAAAUCAAUGACAGAGACACUGACAAAGACGAGCUUGAUACUCGCAAAGAAGAACGAAGGAGGAGAUCACAACAUUUGAAGACACACACAGGGGAAACUACGGUUUUGGAAAACGAGAGAGGAAGAGAACUGAGAAAGGCCAAGGGCUAUCAUUUUUACAGAUCCCUUUUGCAGAUCUUGAGAUCAAUCAGAAGAAAGAGUUUUUCAAAUUUGCAUGGGACAAGUAUCAUCUUUCAGGUAAAACAAACCUGCUGGAAACAUUCACCACAGGGCUCGUUUUUGCGCAGAUGUCCGCAAAACAAGGAAUAA